CAAUUUGGAUAUGCUUCUGUCUUUUAAACAGCAGCUGUCAAAACAACCUGAGACGGAAAAUGAUGUUCAGACCGAUACUGGUGAUAACUCUUGUGAUUCUGCUCCUGCAUGAGGGUAACACAGGUCCCUGGGUGGCUCAAUGUCCAGUCACUAACUACUCGGAAUGGUCCAAGUUGGGGCCUUAUUGUGUUAAAUACUUUCAACAGCCAGUCCCAUUUGGUCAAGCUGAGAUGAAGUGCAGAGGAGAAGCUCCAGAUAGCCAUCUCAUAUCUAUUCAUGAUGGUGAAACCAAUAAUGGCGUGCAAAUUCUCACUGGGUCGGGGAAUGCAAUGGUCUGGAUUGGAGGAAUGAGGCUGCCUAAUAAUGGUAACUUUGUAUGGACUGAUGGGUCAAAGUGGGAUUACACCAACUGGGUCCCAGGACAACCCGAUGGCAAUGGUGACUGUGUGCAGAUCAACUGGAACAGUCCUGGCAUGUGGGAUGAUGUGCAAUGCUGGUCAAGACUAGGAUAUAUCUGUGCCUUCAAGAUGCAGGGAUAACAACAUGGAGAAAUCUUGACAGACAAUGCACAACCAUUCUAGAUCUGGCUGUGCAUUGUCAAAGUAGCUUUAAUGUCAAUUUCUUUACAUGUCAAGACAUACAAAGGAAUCGAUAGAACAUUUCCCACUCUCCCACGGUGAAACAUAUAAAAGUGCACAGGCACAACAGAUAAGACAAGACAUUUCCUAAUACUAAGUAAACAUAAAGAUUCACGUACAGUGGUUAUAAAUACUAUAUAUAUAAAUACUAUAAAUACGUAAUACAAUUUUAAACGUAAUACAAGUGAUAAAAGUGCAG